AUGGGUGUCCAAGAAAACCAAACGCCAGAUCGCCGUUCGGCAAUCCGGGCAACUUGCGGCGAAGCUGAGCUACUCACAGGCACAUCCUCCUAUGCUUGUGGGCACAGAUUUAGCUGGAUCCUCGACUGGGUCUUCCAGCGUACCGGACAUCACUCUCCCAGCCUUCACCCUUGCCCGAAAUGUGCUAUCAACCCGACCUGUCUCGUAUGUCUCGAACGUUUUGAUGCCAAAGCGACUGAUUCAUGUCCAAGUUGCGAUAACUUUUUCGAUAAGGCUAUCCUCGCAGACCGCUGCGAGAAGCUUAAGCAUAUGAACAUUAGAGUUAUGGAGCAUAAGCCUACCACAUUUAUAAAAUGUCGGCUUCGGGCAGAAAGGGAGAGGCUUAGGGUAAUGUACAAUGAGGAGCAUGAACCCAGCCCAUCUAUGAAACGUCGAGUUGAGGCUGAGAAGGAUAGGCUUGGGAUUAUGUAUGAGCAGGCUCUGUAUAAUAUAGCGCCUCGAGUCAUAGAAUAG